AUGGGUUCCCCGGCAACGUCUCUCGGCGACGCGGAAACGACGGUUUUACAUUGCGUCGAUAUCUCUGAUCCCGACGUCUACAAAUUCGUCUCACUCGUCAAGCAGGUUGACUCCAUCCGAUUAUUUUUCCCGCGAGUUCCUCCAAUUCAUUUUCCGUGCAUGUCGCUCUAUCGAACGCGGUCUGUCCUUUUUCUCUACGGCAUAAGCCGCUUCUCUGAAUAGCCGGCGAACUCGGAAUAAGCCUGCGGGUGGCGUCUGCUUCGUCCUCUCUGUGGAUUCUCGCUCUGUCUGUAGUUCUUUGUUGGCUGUCGCCUUUUUUACUCUAGGAUUUUUCUGUUGUCGGCAGGUCUCUGGGUUCAACCCAUCCAAACAUGUGGUAUCUUCUAGAUGCUUCAUUUUCAGGCUUGUCCUCCUUUCUGCCUAUCUUGCAGUGAAGAACCAUAUUCAUCUACCAUGAGAUUGGUGUCAGCCGAAAUCUGUCUAAAUGGUCCAAACACGGUGAAAAAUGUCACAAAAUACUUAUUGAGAUCAGUCAGAAAGCACCCCCCUCCCCCUCCUACAUGGGUAGAGAAACAUACUGCUUUGAUAACUGAGAAGCUUUUCAAAGAGUUAGACCAUCCUUCCAUUUAUAAAAUAUUCGAUGUAGAACAACGUUUCUAAAAUUCUAUUAUCCUUGAUUAUGAGAUUUUCUGUGUUAAGGAUUUUUUUCUGAUUUUAUUUUGCAUCUCAAAUCAAAUAUCUUUUUGGACGCAUCCUCCUUACAUAUUAGGCAUAGACAAGAUUUGGUCUAUAAAUCUUAUAAGACUAUGAAUAUGAAAGACAUGCAUCUUCAGCUUUUUCCCAUCACGACAAGAAUGGUUCUCUUGGGCCCUUAAACGUUCUAAGUCGAAGGUGUCCUUUUCUUGUGUUCCCCCAUAAGAACAGUGUAAAGGGAUAACUUCCAGUCCUUUUCAUCUUAUUGCACUUUCUCAUAUGUUGGAUUAUUGCUAUUUCAGGCAUGUAUCGAUUGUGGAUUUUUCCAUGUGAUAAAUCAUGGAAUAAGUGAGGAGCUUAUGGAAGAGAUCUUUGUCCAAAGUAAGAAUUUUUUUGCUCUUCCUAUAGACGAAAAAAUGAAGCUUCUGAGGAAUAAGAAAAAUCGUGGCUAUACUCCUACUCUCGAUGAGGCACUGGAUCCCGAUAAUCAAGUUGGUGGUUAGUCAAACAGAUUUACUAUUUACUUAAAGCUGGUCCUGUUUUUUCGUGAAAUUAAUCUUUCAAAAAAAAAAAACAUUUUUUGUUGUUGUAUUCUCGUACAUCGUUUGGAGAUGUUCUGUUUCGAUUUACUUUACGAAAUGACAUUCACUAGUUAGUCAUGUCAAUUUCUCGGAAUAUUGCGAGUAAUUUAUUUUACUUGCCUCCCAUGUUUGUGUAACAGUUAUUUCAUGUCUCCUUAGUACAAUAAGCUACUAUUUCUGGGCUAGCGCUAGUUGGCAUAUUGGAAGUGGUAGUGGUCGAAAGGACAACAAUGAUCAUAAUUAUGACGUUUGAAAUAAAAUAUCGAAAAACUACAUGAUAAAAUUGAAUGACUGGCUGUUCAAUGGGUGAUCAUCUUGCCCAUUAUUACAUAUGAACUCUUUGACUUUGUGAACUUCCUGACAAUGAUGCAACAGUGACUUUUUUUAAGGAGUAACGCUAAUAAUUUUUCGUACAUUGAUGUUCUUUACCUUUGCCUCAUUGCAUGGUAGUAAUUCAGACUAUUGUUAAGUGUUUACAGGUGACUACAAAGAAGGUUAUUACAUUGGCAUUGAAUUUUCAGAUGAUGAUCCACAAGCGGAUAAACCAUUCUAUGGACCUAAUUUGUGGCCUUCUGAAGGUAAUUUUUGAAGCAAUUACGACUAACAUUUCUGAAUAUCCAACAUACUGGAUAGAUCUGAUACACCCUCCUACUGUACUAAAUUACCUAGAAUUAAUUUAUUGUCAGACAACCUUUAAUUUUUUUCUAGUUGACUCUUUCAUAGCUGUGGCCAACUUCAUCAACUCAAGCUUAUCCGUGAUGUAGACCAAGUACCUUAGAAAAAUAGUUUGAAUUUCACUAACCAUAGCCAUUUUUCGUUCAUACUAUGCACAUAGUUCUGGAUCCAACCUCAUCUUUACUCUAUACAAAGGGAGAAUUUCUACGCUCAUCCAUAUUUUGAUGAAAAAGUCACAUGAUGGUGGAGAACUGCUAGAAAAUUACCCCAAAGAUUCCAUACCCGGGAGUUAUUUAGACUAACUCGAGGUUUGAAUUCUUACCAUAUGGAAGUGGACAUUCUAGGCUACCAUGCUGCCCAUUUCACAGAAGAAGGAAAAAAGAGACGGAAAACAGUCUAGAAAUACUUUCCUGAUGGUUAUAUGCGAUAUCUUGUAAAAUAGAAAAGACGUUAGAUUUAGUAGCAUGAAUUAACCAUGGCUGACGAAAUGAAUCAAUCAUGCAUAUCCGUAUCAUUUUCUUUGUGGCCUAAUAAGAGACUCAGAAUCUCUCUUCCCUUUCUCUUUUCCUCAUCAUAAGAUCUGUUGCGUGGAUGGAGACACACCAUGGAGCACUUUCACAAGGAAGCGCUGUGAGUUUCCAAACUUUUCUUUAACCAGACAUACGGAUAACUAAAAUACUUGUUUCCUCAAUGACGACAAACACUUUUUCCUUCAAAGGAAAAUUGUCUAUUGAAAAUUUUCACAUAUCCUAGAACUUCAAUUAUAAUUAAAUAUUCUUUGGGCAUCAAAAUUACACUUAAAACUGCCUCCAAAAUUUAUCUUUUUAAUAACCCGUUGUGAUUUUUAUUUUCAGAACAAGUUUUCAGAACAAGUUUUCCUUUAAAAUUUCUUUUUUUCUUUUUCCUGUAAAUAUUAAUGUUUUUUGUAACCUCUUUUUUAUUCUUUGAAUCUUGUUUCCAUUUAUGCCCCUAUUGUAUGCUCUAAAUUUCUCAUAAGACAUUAUGAUCUCAUUCAAACAUAAUCGAAUCAAAUUCACGAAGAGGGCACAAUCAUUCGAUCCCAAUCAGGACUGGCUGAUUCAGAUUACAAUUGGGAGGCCCUGAUCAAAUUUAAAAUAAUAAGCUGGAAAUUUUCUGUUUAUACCUGAAUUGGCGGAUUACUUUAAAGGGAUGCGCUUUUCGUAUGCCCUUUGUCCUUCCUGUAAUAUCCUUAUUGACGGAGGAAGAGGUAGCAAUGAAAUACUUGUUGUCUGCGAGCUCACAGCAAAGAGGGACGGAAACGCUCACCUCUGCCAGCCUUGCUGCUUUCUGCAGCUGCAGGAUACCUGCUGCCUCCUUGCUCCACUCUGCCUGCACAUUUUCCUCCAUGAUAGUCUGAGAAAGGGUCAGGCAUUGCUAGUCGGGCAGGUCUCAGUUUAGUUCUAUUAUAUGCUAAAAUUGUAGAUCCAUGCCCUUUUAACCGAAUUGAUCAUUUUCCCAUAAUCUUUGUCAAUCCAGUCCCUAAUUUGGGAUCAGAUUGGUCUUGGGUACUUCUCAGUACCUAUCUGACUCCACCUAUCAUAGCCAUAGUUUUUUUCCUUGUUCACUCUCCAUGACACGUGUAGCCUUUAUCUUACACAUCAUCUUAAUUGGUCAGUAUUGGUCUGGAGUUCUUAGAACUUGUCAAUCUCCCGUGAGCCAACUGCUAGUAAGCAUUGGCAAGCUUGUUAUGGAGUGCUCAGAACUUGUCAAUCACUCGUUAACCAACUCAUAGCAACUGGUAGAUCUGCCCCGUCAGUCACCUUUAGGUUUUUUGUUUGUUAUUUGCACAUGUCUGAUGUUAGAUUCCUUUUUUGUGUCUGUGGGUGGGUGGGUAAGGGGAGUUGUUUUAGAUUGCUUUUUGGCCCUAAACUUUUUAUUUUUUAAAAUAUUGAAAUGAAAAAUGCAAGGCAGCUUUGUGAUAUAUGGACGCAUGUUUCCCAAUGGCCUUGUGCAAUUGAUGUCAUUGAUUAACACCUUCAGAAUUUGAUUUAUUCUUCUAUUGGGAAUAUAUUUUCUUGGUCAUUUUUGUUGCUCGACCAAUUAUUAAAUAGUUAAAAAUUUAAUAUAUUUAUUAUUUUAUUUAAAUUAGAAUCAUUUCCGUAUAAAGUAAAAUUCCAUUUUCCGGUCUUCUCUUUUCCCUUCUUGACACUCCAAUCUACCAUUACUGGUACAUCGGUUCACCACUAUUUGGUAUCCAAGUUGAUUUCAAACAAUGGCGAAUUGAUUGAUGUGCGAACUGAAGAGCCAAAGGGGAUAAGGAAACCUAUUAUCCCCUUGUAAAGGCCAACCAUCAACAAAAUGAAAAAUUCAUAUAAAAAGAAUAAAAAUCAAAUCCUUAAGGCAUUGUUUUUGAUUGUCUACUACGGAUUUUUUUCCAUUUUUAUCACCUUGGAUUGCACCAGUUCAAACCCCUUUUCCGUUUUCAAGAUUGAUGAAAACAUUACUGGUUAAGGUUUCCAUUGAUAUAGGCUUCUAGAAGAGCAUUUCACGGUGACUGGAAUAAUGUUUGGCAGGGUUUCAGCAGAAUAUAGAAUAGUGUUCGUGUCCCAUGUGGCGUUCGGAAUUAGGAAGGCUCAGAGUUCGUCCUGAUCACAAGCGAUGAGAAGAAGCCAGAAGAUAUUACAUAACACAGAGGGAGUUUUUAGUGGUUAUUUUUAUGACUCUUACGACUUAUUUUUAGAAUUUCACUAUUUAAAACUAAUUGGAAAUGAAGAGCACCCAUCAACCGGAGGAAAUUAUUUGUUUGAUAGUACAAUGUUCCGAAUAAAACCUUGGUUGCUCUCUUUUUAUCGUCUCUCUUUAUUUUUUUAAAUUACGAUUUAUAGAAAAUUUGAAAUUGAUUUUUCCAUCCGAAGGAAAAAGGCUGAUCAUCUUGAAUGUCAACGCACUAUACAUGUCUGCCCAACACGGAUGCAUUUCCGCUGAAUUAUAUGGGGCAUUAUCUUGACCAGAGAAACAAAACUGAUUGGGAACCAUGCAUCUUAUAUGUCAUUGGAUGUUAUAUUUGAUCACGAUUUAUUUUCAACGAGUUCCCACCUCAAUCCUAAAUAUCAGAAGAUGAUAUGAAUCAGCAAGCAUGCAACCUUGGUUUAGUAUAAGAAAAAAAUUAUUGCCAUCUAUUGAUAUUACCAGAUCCUUCCCUUUAAAAGAUAUAUAGUUGGGAAUCAAAUUAUUCUUCACGUGCAAGGAUUUCAGAGAGAAACGGGCAUCCAAGAGAAAACCAUCCUGUAGACAAACUAGAGACAACUAGCAUGAACUGGCUGUGGGCAUUUUAAGUGGGUCCCUCGUUCAAUCUACAAGAGAUGGUGAAGAAGAUAGAAGAUCGACAUGAAGAGAGAGGAUGAAGCAAUAAUCUAAUUUGAGGAUACUUCGAUUACAAGAGAUAAAGGCUGGCCAGAGGGAGAAUAGACACUAUUACCCUGAAAUUUUCCACACAGAAACAAAAAAAAACAGCGGUAAGCACACCAAAUAGAAAUCAGGCUCUGCACUCUAACAUCUUCAGCUAGUAAGUGUUCCUCCCUGCAGUAUUAUUAGACCCUUUCUAUUUCUCAUUUCCGGUUCUUCAGGCAUUUCAUCGGUAAAUCCCGGGUUCUAUUUAUGUUCUAAUUCCAUCGAGCUUCAGGAGGGUUGCAAGGGCUGUGGCCAGACUCUUGGCUCUUGCACUUGACCUGGGCGUUGACUUCUUUGAUAAGCCGGAGAUUCUGGGACAGCCCAUUGCUAUCUUGAGGCUCCUGCACUAUGAAGGUGAGAGCUUGCUCUCUUUCUCAUCCAGAACUUGUGCAAAUGUGGCCAAUAUCACCAGCCAGGCUUCUCUCCCACCCAGGUAGGGUUUCUGAUCCCCUGAAUGGAAUCGUUGGCGCCGGGGCCCACUCUGACUUCGGGCUCAUUACUCUCCUGGCCACAGAUGGUGUCCCAGGUCUCCAAGUAUCAUCGAAUCUCAUACUUACCAGUUUUAUUCCCACAUUCAGCCUCUAAUUUCGUCCCCCAACAUGACUCCUAAUGCCUCUGGUUUUCUAGAUUUGCAAGGAUAAGGACGCUCAGCCUCAGAUUUGGCAGUUCGUACAGCCCCUAAAGGGGUCAGUAUCCUAUCAUAACCUUGUAUCCAAUCUUCAUGUCACUGGUUUCUUGAAUAUCUAUAGAGAGAGAGAGAGAGGGAGAGUUUAUAUGUAGAGAAAUAUCAGCUUAGAGAGAGUGAAACACUGGGUUUGUUUGGAUUUAUCUGUGUCCUCUGAGGGAUAAUCUUACCAGACUAUGGUUGGCUGUUUAGAUCCGUCACUGCUUAUAUGGAUUUCACCUCUAUAUUUGGAAACAUUUUUGGGAGCUGAAUUUAAUAUCAGGAAAAAAAAUUCAUUUCCGCAUGCUCAGAUCUAUACAUAUCAUGGAUCAAGAAGAGGCAUUAACUUAAUUAUAUCGCGCCUCUUUCCUUUCAGAGGGUUCUUAGUGAAUCUCGGAGACAUGCUGGAGCGGUGGAGUAAUGGCAUCUUCAGGCACGUGCCGUUCCGCAGAUCUUGUCCUCACUAAUGGCUUCGGUUUAGUUUUAAAAAAUGACCGGUUCGGCCUCCUCGCAGGUCAACACUGCAUCGAGUGUUGAUGGGCACAGAGGAGCGCUACUCGGUGAGAAUUCCUGUUCUGAUCGAUGGAUUUGACUUUACUUUUUUUAUUACCAUAAUUGGGAAUCCGAUCAGGUUCAACUCUGGCGCUGAUCCGAGCUCCAUUUUUCCUCCUGAUUAUUACCCAUAUGAUGAUCCAGGUUGCGUUCUUCGUGGAGCCCAGCCACGAGUGUGUCGUAGAGUGCUUGCCUUCAUGCAUGUCCGAGACCAAUCCCCCCAAGUGAGAAGGGAUUCCGUUUUUAGAAUCUUUUUUUUUUCUUUAACGCCGUUAUUCCCUCUCGGGCAUGUUUAUUAGUCAACUAAGUGGUCCAGGUUCCCCCCGGUGACGUGCGAGAGGUACCUGACCCAGCGGUACGAGGAGACCCACAAGGACGUCGCCGGUCGCUAA